AUGGCAACUGUGUCUCAAAGUCCAUACAUGAGAAAUGACCAAGAUCAACUUGCUGAGCAAUUAGGGCUGAAGAUAACAGAGCAAACUGAGCAAUCUGAUCUUGCCAGAGCUGAAAGAUUGUAUAUGAAACUGACUGGUCGUGACAAGAGAAUUCUUGUUAUAUUGGAUGACAUUUGGAAAGAAGUUGAUUUUAAGAGUUUUGGAAUUCCCAUCAAAGGUGAAUGCAAGAGCUUCAAAGUUAUACUGACAUCUCGAUCCUCAGGUGUUUGUCGGGACAUGGGAGCUGAACUUUUUAAGGUUGUAGAGGAAUGCAAAGGUCUAUCUCUUGCAAUCGUUGUUGUUGCCACGGCAUUAAAAAGCAAUCAUACUCUAGAAUCCUGGGAUCUUGCCCUUCGGCAACUAAGAAAGGAUAGAAUGGGAAACCUAAGAGGUGUUCAAGAUCUGGUAUGGAAAAGGGCUACAAUUGUUCCAGGAUACAGAGAAUACUUGCUAGUUGAUGAGUUAAAAAGCUCCUAUUUGUUGCUAAAUGAUGGUGAAAAAGAAGACUCUAUAAAAUUGCACGAUGUUGUGCGAGAUGUGUGCUUGUCAAUUGCAUCAAAUGUAGAGCAUGAGUUUUUAGUGAGCAAUUCUGGAGUGGGAAAAAAGAAUUCUUACACGGCAAUUUUGCUAAUAUCACAAGAUUGCAAUCAUGAUCUACUUCCAUUUUGCAAGGAAUAUCCAAGGCUUAGGCUGUUGCGUUUGGAAUUCAAUUCAGGGAAAUUAAACCUACCAAAAGAUUCUUUUGUAGGAAUGGAAGCUCUCAGGGUCAUGGAGUUAAACCACUCGCAAAUUGAAUUUCCACUAUCAUGGCCUAACCAAAUACUAAGAAGUCUUCGGAUACGGUGCCUGGAUUUUUGUAGGUUGGGCACUGGAUUGUCGUCAAUGCUUGGACACAUGACGCAAUUGGAAACUUUGAGCCUCUUUCAAUCCACACUUGCAGAUGAUCAAUCUCCAACAGAAAUCGCUCAAUUGAGUAAUUUAAAGUUGUUGGAUUUGAGUGUUAAAAGUAGCCUCCAUCCCUUGCCUAAUGGUAUCUUGUCAAGCUUGAAGAAACUAGAAGAAUUGUAUUUGGGAUCUCGUGAUCAUUUGCAGCUAGGGAGAGAUAAAGAAGAGGAAAUAGGAUGCCUUAAAGAGAUCUCAGCAAUCUCUAACCUUGCAUGGCUCCAAAUUGUUUUAUAUGGCCUUAACCUCUUACUUCUAUCUUUGCAAGAAUUUGAUACUCAGAGUUUGUCAAGAUUUAACAUUACAGUAACUAAUCACGGAGGAGCAAUCAAUUUGAAUCGAAGCUAUCAAUUUCAAAAAAGUUUCAAUCUUUAUUUGAAAGGUGGUGGUGAUGAAGGGUUGAAACAAGUGUUUGAUCCUAAAGUUACUAGCAUUGUAGAGAGAACUGAGAAUCUCAUUUUAAAUCUUUCUUACUCAUCACGCUUGAGGAAUCUUAUGCCUAACUUGGAUGAAAAUGGGUUCAUCAAUUUGAAAAAGCUUGAUCUGUAUUAUGGACACUGUGAAUGCCUUAUUGAUUUUAUCGCCAACCUCAUUGCUAAACAUAUUUUUGAAGUCCACGGAGUUAGAAUAUUUGAAGUUGAAAGAAAUAUGUUACGGAUUUCUUCCACCUGGGUGCUUCAAUCAACUUCAAGAGGUGACACUUUAUUGUAUAAGUGCUUUAGAGUGCUUGUGGAAGGGAUCAGUCGAACCUCCGUCGCUUUGCAACCUCAAAUCUAUUAG